CUCUCGUUUUGUUCUCGAUGCUUGUAUUAGAGGUCAGUUCCCCCCAACAAAGAUGUCAGCGCCCUGGAAAACCGUGUGUAUUAGUGCCCUGAACACAGUGAAUCGUUUUUAUAGAACCUCUUUAGGAAAAAUCUCUUUUAUUAGGUUCUACAGUACAGAGAAAGAAAAUACAGAGACCCCAGAAAACACUAGCGCCCCAGAAACGGAAAAGAAGACCGGCGGGUUUGCGACGGCUUUCGAACUGCACUCAGAACUGCGUAAGGUGCAGGAUAGUCCUGACAGCAGGAAGGAGAAGUCCUCAAAGGAUGCAGAGUCAUUUGCAUCAUUGCUACGGCAUUCACCCUUAAUGCAGUUGGGACCUGCCAAAGACAAAAUCGCUAUUGGCAGAAUCUUUCACAUUAUAGGCGAUGAUCUAUACAUUGAUUUUGGAGGCAAAUUUCACUGUGUAUGCAAACGCCCUGCAGUAGAUGGCGAAAAGUACCAUAGAGGAACUAGAGUGCGUCUGAGAUUGCUAGAUCUGGAGCUUUCAUCACGGUUCCUAGGAGCCAGCACAGACACAACACUCCUGGAGGCUGAUGCAGUUUUACUGGGUGUGCUGGAAAGUAAAGACCAGAAGAUAAAAGAGUAGAAUCCACGUAGACCACCUAGCAGUUUUCCUGUCUUCUGCUUCUUUACUUACAACGGUCUAAAAUAAUUUGUAAUGUUUAAAAUUGAUUUUUAUUCGGCCGGACAGUCUAACUGUUGGUGCAAGUAAAUAAAACACCUAAAGAUUAA